UCGACGCGAUCGCACGCGUACGUUGUCAAACAGUGUAGUGCUUUCAAAGUCGUAUAUAAAGUUUUGUGACCGCGUUCGAAAAUUAAAUUCGUGGAACGUGUUCUGUUUCCAAAUAGAAAACCAGCCAGUGACAAAAAAAGUGUUUCUAAAAAUAAAAAUCUAAACAUAAAAUGAGUGUUGAGUUAUAAGCAAACCAUUAAAAUGUCUAUAAGAAUCGAUAGAACAAAAUUAACAAUAUUAGUCCUAAUCAAUAUAAUCAUAAGGAACAAUUGCGAGAGUGUCGUGAGCGAUAAUAUUGAUGAUAGCACAAAACCGAUUGGACAUACAUUUAGAGAAGACACGAGUUUAGAUUAUGAAGAAUAUACGAAUAUAAAUAAAAACUUAGAUAACAAACAAACGAACACAGACGAAAUAUCAAUAAACACAACCAAAGAUGACGAAACGGAAUUCAACGUCAAAGAAUAUCCGGAAAUAAUCACAACGGAAAACAUACAAACGACAGUAACAGAAGAAACGCAUGGUGAUGUAGAUGAUGAAUAUGAUAUAAAGGAUGAUGAAAGUGAUGACGGGAUGAGAACGACACAUCAAGACGUCACAGAAACGGCAACCAAUUACGUAGCCAUAUCAGACAAUAAUGUUUACACUAAGGAACCUGUUUUAACGGAUAUAAACAAUCUAAGUGGAUUCAAUAUACAGUCUGAACCCUCAACAUCACAAGCCACGACGAGAUCCAUGGAGAGUAUCGAAGACACGUCUCCAGCUGAUGAAGAUUCUGACAACAGCGGUCAACGGAACCCUAAGACCGAAUCUGAUAAACAACCACUGGACAAGAGGCUGUACGAGAAAUCCCGUCCCCCGCCGGCUCUGAGCAAGAGUUCAACAUUGAAAUCCUGGCUCGAGGACUCAUGGUUACGACCCCCCGCUGGGAUCCUGGUGCCAUUGCGACCGUUGGCUCUGAACAGGGCGCUGGGGGUAUGGAACGACUUGGCAGCUGAAGGGUUGAACGUUACCGAUAUCGUCAUCGUCGGUUACGAUUCAAAUGGAGUCAACUGGAGAUCACGUCACAAUCUACAGCCGACGCACUCGAAUAGCGGAGAGAGAACUGUGUCAGAAGCCUUAUCAAAACUUCUAUUGAAAUAUCAAGGCGUUUACACGGACGCAACAAACGAUGGUACCAUGCGAGCGCUGACCUCAGCCGCUAAGCUGGUACCAUACGACAGCGCAUUGUUCGUGGUCACGGAUAAGGGUGCUGGUGAUCCUCAGAGGCUACCGCUCGCUUUGAGGGCUCUGGUCGAGAAGAGAUUGAAGGUAUACACCAUAUGGACGGACCCAUCACAUCCAUCGCCUGAAUCAGAGCUGGCCCUUCAGGAUCUGAGGAACAUAUCGUCCCACACAGAGGGAGACGUUCUUCCAUACUCCUUGCAAAUAAUGAGUGAAGACAGUUCUAGCAAUCUCGCAUCGGAAUCAGAUAUCGAGGAAUGGGAACCAAUGGCAGCAACGGAACCGAGACGAGCUAAGCUCAUCAACCAACCAGCUGUCGACAUAUUCGAUAUGCUGUUGGUAAGACGAGGCAGCGAAGAGGCAAUAACAUGGGGUAUACCGGUGGAAAACGGGGUAACGGCUUUGAGGAUUCUCAUCGAUGGUGCCGUGGAACACGCCGUGCUGUAUCCACCGAGUGAUGCCCCCCAAAUCGAUAUAUACAAUCAGACAUCGAUAGAAAUGUUCUCGUCAGCAUCAAAGACCGGCAGCCUGAACCCAAGGGACGUGUUCCUCGUGUUUCCUGGCUCUACGCUCGACUUCGACGGCUUGUCAGUAUUGCCCGCGAAGUCGCCGAGUGCGGACGCGUCAGCUCUAGUCGGGAUGUGGCAUUUGAGCGUCCGUUGCGAGACGUGUAACUAUAGGCUUAGUGUGAGCGCAAGAACAGAUCUACACUUCUACGCAGAGAUUGAACCAAGAGAUCUCUUGAAGCUCCGUGUGAUGGGACCAGUUGCGAGUGUCAGGGAAUCCUCUCUGGUUGAUGAAUACGGAUUGGAACUGGCGAAGCUGCCCUUCAGUUACCAGCCAGCAGCAAACACAGGUCAUGAUCAAGAUCCUAUGUCAGAUAUCUUAGCUGAUAUACCAAUGCCGAGCAUCACAAGUGCACAGACGUUUGUUAAGAUUUUGGGGCGAGAUAUUUAUGGGGAACCUUUCGUUCGCGUAGCUGGACCAUUGAACCACCAUACAGAAGUAAGAAUGGGGAGAUCAGCGUCAAUUAAAUUCCCCGAAUCCAUUAACGACCUUGAAGAUGCCGAAGAGUUUAAUUCGGGCGUAUAUAAUGGAAAACUACAAUACAAUGACAGUAAUCUACUUCCGUUCGGACAGGCAACUUCACAGGUGGUUAACCAGAGGGGUGCAGUUUUGACAUCGGUCCAGAUUGGUUUAAGCACCAGGAUAUAUGGCGCACCUGGAGAUCGACUACAGUUGUAUUACGAAGUCACAAACUUCAGGGAACAGGCGGUCAGAUUUAACUUCGAAGCAGUCGGAGAAUUAAGAUUCUUAACCGGAAUGGAACCUAGAUCGCAAACUAUAGCUUCAGGUCAAACAGCUACAAUUAUAGUCAGUCUAACGAUCAAUCAGAACGCUCAACCUGGUGCAAGGGACCUCGUUACAUUCACAGCUUAUGGUCUAGAUCAAGUCUCAAUAUCAACGUACGUCUACGUGAUGAACCCUGGCGAGAAUAUACGAGACGUGACUGCGCCGGAAAUGAGGCACAACUUCCAGGGAUCCUGUUUAGGGAGGCAGGGCAGCGACUGCGCAGAGCACUUCUGGUCAGCGACCAUCAUCGCCAGAGAUCCCGUUGGUGGUCUACUCCGUCUAACAUCAUCACCACUAGGGCUGGUGUAUGACGGCAACUUCAUAUCUGGCGCUAGAGACGAGGUGAUGGCUUCAUACAGAGCGACCUGCUGCGCCCCAAGGGUCAUUGUCAACUCUGUCGAUGCCUUCGGAAAUGUUAACAGCUAUACCAUUGAUAUUUCAAAUUAUAUAAACGAAGCUGGCAUUGCAGCGAUCGCUCUUGGAGUCAUACUUAUUAUCGUAUUAUUAGUUUUAAUAAUAUUUUUCAUAUAUUGGUGUGUUAAACGCCGGAAGGAAUCCAGAGAACUACCAACAUACACGACAUCCAGAAAUAUCAAUUAAGAACGCAAUCAAUCAAGCGAUUUAUAUUAAAAACUUUGUAAAGUAUUUUUUUUUAAUUUAUAUAUAUAGGUUUAAGUUUUAAGUAUCCGUCCAAUAUGAAAAAAAAACAUAUAUAAAGCUCAAUGCAAGCUUAAUAGCUCAAGUUUAAGAAAGAUCUCGACACUUAAAAUAUGAAACGCAGUUCAUCGAUACUAACAUUGAGAUGUGCCCAUGUUUCUUAAAACACUUAUCGUUGUGUGUAUUCUAUCUUAAUGUAUAACUUAUCUGUACUUAAAACGAUAAAACUGAAUAAUUCACACAACAAUAAACCAACGGAAAGCGCUCACAAGUUUUGUAAUGUUCAAAUUGAGUACGUAAAGGAUUAAAGGAUUGAUAAGCUGAAGUGGCAGUGGGCUGGACACAUAUGUCGCAGAACCGACGACCGUUGGAGUAGACGUGUUCUGGAGUGGAGACCACGCCUUGGCAAAUGUAGCGUAGGACGUAAUCCAGCUAGAUGGAGUGACGAUAUACGCGAGUACGUAAUGAAAAUAAACAAUUUUAUCCAUUGAUAUAUAAAAAACCUUUUUUUUAGGUUUUUUUUUAAAUAUCAAUGAUUUUAUCGCGACAAAAACACAACGAAAUAAAGAUGAGAUGUGACGUCACAAAUGUUCUCUUCAUUUCAACUUGAUUGGUAUUGAAUAUUCUUUUUAUUUCUUUGGACGCACACAUCUCUGUAGUUAACAGUCGAAUUUGAAAAAAAAAAAAAGCCUUUGAAUAUCCUCGUGAAGAUCAGACGCAAUUAAAAUGAUGCUACGAUCGUUUACGGAAGGAACAACGCGUCUGUAAACACGCGGAGCAUUUAGAAUUUAGUUUCUUUAAAAGCAAUAAUUUAAAUACAUAUUCGAAGAGUUUUAAAAUAUAUCGUUUUUAAAUAUAAUAUAAUAUAUAAUAUUACUUUUAAGUUACCUUUAUUAUUAUUAACUUAAUUAAACAUUUUUAAAAAAAAAACUAAUAAUAAUAUUAAGAUAUUUAUUGUCUACAAUAUUAUUUCAAAACAUACGGCUGUACUUAUGAACUUUGCUUAGUUAAGCACUGUUUUGUCUCUUUCUAUCAUCAUUGAUUUGACAUUCGAAAGAAGGAGGCACAGCAUUGUAGGGCUACCACACAUACGUGCCUGAGAUGUCAUAAAUAAAUAAUCCACGACAACGCAACGUUACACGAUGACGAAACACGAAACGUCACGACGUCGGUUCAUGUGUUACAUCCCUUUCUGAUAUCAUUGCUUUGACAUUCGAAAGAAAAAGAUAACAUUGUUGAACUUACCCUUCAACAAGUUUUAUAAGCAUAGCUGAUAUUCGUUGAGAUUUUCUAAUUUUUAUUUUUUUUUUAAUAAUUGUUAAUUAAAUAUAUUUUACUAAUACGGGUAGUACAAUUUAUUGAAUAAUUAAAUAAAAAAAUAAAUAAUAUAAGUUAAUAUUACUAAGCGUUCAGCCAUAUAUUAUGAGUUAUUUUAUUGUAUUUUAUUGCAAAUAAAAUUUU